AUGGCGGCUGAGGCAGCGAUACUGGGAGCGUGUACAGAGCCGGCGUCUAAGCGGAGCCUCGCAGAUGGCCGGCCUGUUCGGUUCAAUUUGGCUGAGCCGGACAACACAGCUGCCAGUCCCGCUCGUGAAUCGAUUCAUUUUGGCCUUCUGGAAGCCCCCCCACCAGAUCAAGGAACUCGAAAGGACUCGAAAACAGCGGCGCGCAAACCAACCGUCACCCUUGGGGCUGACGGCCGCCCUCUGCCCAUCCUGAAGGGUAACAGGACAUUCGGCUACGGCCAAGCGCGCCGCCUCGUAGAGCAGCUUCGAGUUAAAUUUGCAUUCGACAGGAACGAAACACGUUUCUAUUGCCCCGACUCAAACGAGCAUACAGAGCCACCCCCGGCACCGGCGGAGCUGCGAGACUCCGUCCGGGGCUUCCUCAAGUCCUCAAAGAAAGUAACCCAGGAAUCUCAAGCAUUGACUCAAAGUGUUCAGCAGAAGCUGGAAGAAACCAAACAGAUGGAACAGGAGCUCACUGUUAUGACGCAGGUAUACGUGGAGAAACUAGAAAGGCAGAAAGCAGCACAGAAGGCAAAACAAACUGUUGUUGUCACAAACACGAGACCCCCGCGUCGCUUCCUCUGCUGCGGCUCCUCCCCUGUAGUGCUGUCAUAA